CCCCGCCAACAUUACUACUAUAUUGCUUGUAUGUAUAUAUGUAUGUAUGCAUAUAUAUACAUACAAAAUAGAGAUACCUAUUUGAUUUCUUGCAUGAGAGAUUGAGUUGCAGAACAACAAACUAAUAUGGGUUUACAGAACCAGCUCGCCGACGCGUCAUCGGAAUCAGUCGUCGUGCUCAUGGUGGUGCUCAUUGCCAGGAGCGUAAAUUAUCUCCACUCCUUUCUUUUCACAAUCCUGCGCAGCCUGGGCCUUUUCUCCCCCGGUUUCGACCCGGAUCACCAGCACCAUUUCGGGAGCAGCAACUCCCUCUACGACGUCGUCGGGUCCGGCCUAGCCAGCCUCAUCCUCCUCUGCGACCAAUUGAAUCUGAACCGGGCUUGCUCCUACCCCAACCCAUCCGGUGGUGUUGACGGCUUGGGAGCGGACUGCGUGGUGUGCCUGAACCGGCUGAACGAAGGGGACCGCAUCCGCGAGUUACCCUGCCACCACGUCUUCCACAAGGACUGCCUCGACGGCUGGCUCGACCACCUCAACUUCAACUGCCCCCUCUGCCGGGCGCCCCUGGUGUCCGAUGAGAGCGUGGAUUACACGCAGAGGCGCGUCGCAAGAGAUCUCCUGGCGUGGUUUCCGUUUCACUGAUGCAGCUCUAUGGCGCGCGCGUGAUAUCUUUUCUUCAAUUUUCCUUUUUUUCCCCCUCCAUAAAUGUAGAAGAUGCUGGUUUUUUGAAGAGUUUGAGGGCUCUUUUCAACUACUGUAGAGAAAUUUAGGAAAAAAAUAAAAAAUAAUAAAAAAAAAUCCUUUUUUCGAUAAUAAAUAA